CAGACGGGCAAGUGAAGGGGCGUGACCCUGGUGCUCAAGUUUCUUCCUCUAUACCUGGGAGAGGAGGGGUGGGGGCCAGGACUUCCGGCCCAGGUGAGUGUCCCUUCGGUGACGUCAGGUCACCCUUGGCCGCCCCUCCGGUUCCGCUCCCCCUCGCGCUCCCAGGCCCCGCGGGGGCGCGCCCCCGACGCCCUACAUAUACCCGGUGCGCCGCACCUGUCCGCCCGCAUCCGCCCGCCCGCACCCGCCAGCUCGCCGCCGCUUGCACCUCGGCCCCGGGCCGACAGCCCAGGGUCCAGCGGGGACUUCAGCACCCGGAGCCGCCCCUUCGGCGCCUCCACCUUUUGUUUGGGAAGCGUCGCCGACAGCACCGGAGGGAACGGCCUGGACUCCGGGGAUCGCCUUUGCCGGCCACUAGUCCUCGGAGCGUAACCUGUUCCCUCUGCGGAGACCCUCGCCCGCCGGAGGGGCGAUUGGUUUCUUUCGGGUGAUAAAAACUUCGCAGUCACUCGACCAGAAACUGUUUUGCGCUUUGGGUGACUUACAACUGCAGCCCCAGCCGUCUGGUGGGCUCGCCCCUCGAAGUUUCCUUUGCUGCAGAGGCUCCCGCCCGCGCCCCUCGUCUUUGUGAGGGCGGAAUGGCCAACUCGGGCCUGCAGCUGCUCGGCUUCGCCAUGGCCUUGCUGGGCUGGGUGGGCCUGGUGGUGUGCACCGCCCUCCCGCAAUGGCAGAUGAGCUCGUACGCGGGCGACAACAUCAUCACAGCCCAGGCCAUGUACAAGGGGCUGUGGAUGGACUGCGUGACGCAGAGCACGGGGAUGAUUAGCUGCAAAAUGUACGACUCGGUGCUCGCCCUGCCCGGUAAGGCCGAGACCGACGGGGCGGACGCGCCCAGGGCCGAGGUCAGGGGUGGGUGGCGGGGCCCCGCACCUGACGCCCCGGGUUGCCUGGGAGCCAGCGGGGAGAGGAGGGAGCGGGGCGAGGAGGGCGCGGAGGCGCCGGGACGGGGCAGUGGGGGCCGCAGCGGGCGCGUUCUGGCGGCUACACCGGAGCCGCACCCCUACCCCAGCUCCCCAGGGGCGGCCGGGCGCUGGCCGGGGUCUCCUCCGCCGCCCCGGGCUGGCAGUGGCCUCUCCUACGCCCGCCCUGUUCUCUCGGACAAAGGGUGGCGCGGGGUUCGGUGGAGGAGCCGUGCGCUCUGGUCUGACCGAGGCAGACGCCUGCGGCCUCUAAUCUUAUCGACCGAUUAGACGAAGCCGCAAACCCCGUGGCCUCGAUAGUGGGGUCAGACCCGGGCCGAGGCCGUCGUCUGCGGCCCGUGCGGAGCCUCCAGCGGCCGCCCCCGCUGUCCCUUCCCCCUUCCCCCUGCCCAGGGCAGUUUCACCGAAACCCGGGCGCCCCGGGCGAGUCGCAGAGCUGAGGCAGGGCGGGGCGGAGCUGGAGGCCCCGGAGCCGGGAUCCACCCAGAACCGGCCCGGCCUCGGGCAGCCGCGGGCUCGAAGGCUGGGGUGGUCCGAAGGCUGCUGCCUCCCAGUCAUGAAAGGCCUCCCUCCCUCCUCGCAGCGGCCUUUCAGGCCACGAGAGCGCUCAUGGUGGUGUCCCUCGUGCUGGGCUUCAUGGCCAUGUUCGUGGCCACGAUG